UUCGGGAGACGCUCACUGGCUCGGUUACUUGCUAACUUGUUAGCAUGGCUACUGCCUAAUCACAAACACACUGCAGUGCAGCAGCGGAGAGGACAGGCUCGGAUCUGUUCCACUUUUCCUUCACAUUCUUCCAUUGUUUGCGCUUUUGUUUUAAUCGAGAUGGGGACGCGAGACGACGAAUAUGACUACUUGUUUAAAGUGGUCCUGAUUGGAGACUCUGGUGUGGGGAAGAGUAACCUGCUGUCUCGUUUCACCCGUAAUGAAUUCAACCUUGAGAGCAAAAGCACCAUUGGAGUAGAGUUUGCUACACGUAGCAUUCAGGUGGAUGGAAAGACGGUGAAAGCUCAGAUCUGGGACACAGCUGGACAGGAACGCUACCGGGCCAUCACUUCAGCGUAUUACCGAGGAGCUGUUGGGGCCCUUCUAGUGUAUGACAUCGCCAAGCACCUGACCUAUGAAAAUGUGGAGCGCUGGCUUAAGGAGCUCAGAGACCACGCAGACAGUAACAUAGUCAUCAUGCUCGUGGGCAAUAAAAGUGACUUGCGUCACCUUCGGGCCGUGCCCACUGAUGAAGCGCGUGCUUUUGCAGAGAAAAAUGGUCUGUCCUUCUUGGAGACCUCAGCUUUGGAUUCCACUAACGUAGAGACCGCUUUUCAGACCAUCCUGACUGAAAUAUACCGGAUCGUAUCCCAAAAGCAGAUGUCUGACCGCCGAGACAAUGACAUGUCACCAAGCAACAAUGUGGUGUCCAUCCAGGUGCAACCUACUGAGAAUAAACCAAAGAUGCAGUGCUGCCAGAAUAUCUAGCAGCACCGGUCCAGUCCCGAAGCCCUCCUCCAACCACCCACCUGCGACACCCCCCCUCCUCCCCUCCUCUUCAAGACUGCUUUGGGUCUGAGAUGCAGCUGCACAACUAGGCUUGAGCACAGAGGCUGGUUCCAAAAGCUGGAAUCUCAAAGGGUCACCACCUGCAGUCUGGACUAAGCUUGUUGUUUUUUGUUUGUUUUUUUUUAGUUGGUUUUCCUCCUUCCUGCCAUGGUAGGCUUUUAUAUUGCAGGAUUUUAAUAAUCAUCUGUGUCGAUCUUUACUGAAAUGUCUUAAUAUAUGAUUUCAUCCGCAAGCGUUUGAGGCUCGCUCAUGUAUGUCUUCAGUAGCAGCCCCCUUGUCACUGGGGUGGAGGGGAGAAACGUGCAGUAUUGGAGGUUUUGCUAUAUUUAAUGUUGUGAUUGUAGAGAGAUGGUGUACCUGAUAGAUGUUAGAUGACCAUUAGAGCCCAGAGACCACAGUCUUCACCUUUCAGCCAUCUUCCAAGUAUGGUUUACAUUGCAUGUACAUUUCCUUCACUCACUUGGCAUGGGUUACAUCGCAUUCAUGAUUUCCCCAUCAGGCCAGUGGAAGAGGCCUUAUAGCUGCCACGCCGUUUUCUCUCCACCAUCACGUGCUUCGAGGUAGAAUAGUGGUUUUAGUGCCUUUUUUUUUUUAUGGAGCGUCACACGGACGCCUUCACAUAUGUGCUUAAAACGCUGCACCUCUUUAGCUACCCGUGCCAGCGCAGCUAGGCCUUCAUCACACACUAGAACUUUCUUUUCUUUUUUUUUACUUUUUUUUUUCUCGUUAUUGUCCUCGAACAUCAAAAGUUCAAUUUGUAUAAACAGUAAUUGAUGUCAUAAUGCAAAGAGAGGGGAAAGUAGUUUAGCAAACAUGCACAAGUUCCCUUUGAAACACUACCACAGACCUAUUCAGUAUGAAACGAGGGAGUAGAUUAGAGACUUCCUCUAAAUGUAACGUAAACCCAUUGUACUUUUGCUUUGUCGUUAAAGUCGGAACAGGAAAAGCACGCAGCAGUGAAUACUGGCCAGCUGACGGCCGCAUCACAUGAGAGCACUCUAGGGAAUAGACUGGAUACUUUCUCUUUUUGUCUUUGCACUGAAUGUAAACUAUCUCUCCCGGUUUGACUUGCGCCACUACAGUUUAUGAUCUUAAGACCUGUAACUUGUAUUUAUUCCGUGGUAGUCAUUAAAAUCGAGUUGUUAGCCUGGUAACACUUUAGAAUAAGGUUCCAUUAGUUAAUGUUAGUUAACUACUUUCGUUAACAUGAACUAAGCAAGAACAAUCCUUCUACAGCAUUUAUAAGUCUUUGUUCAUGUUAAUUUCAACAUUUACUAAUGCAUUAUUUAAAUCAAAAGUUGUGCUUGUUAACAUUAGUUAAUGCACUGUGAAUUACCAUGAACUAACAAUGAAUAACUGUAUUUUCAUUAACUAACAUUAACGAAGAUGAAUAAAUACAGUAAUAAAUGUAUUAUUCAUUGUUUGUUCAUGUUAAUUAAUACAUUAACUAACAUUAACUAAUGGAACCUUAUUCUAAAGUGUUACCGUUAGCCUUUAAUCUUCGUGGCGAAAUGGUGAGACGUUUAGAUGUUGAGACAGUGUGAUAAUUUAUGAAUGUAUUACGUGUUUUAGCCUACAAAAAAGUCUGUCUCGAGUCCAGCAGAUGGAGAAACUACCACAAGCUGUGAUGCUCGUCUUUGCUUAAUGGCUGUCUAAUAAAACAUACUCCGUGUGACAUAAAAUAUCAGUAAAGACUAAACUAAUAAUGCAUGUUGUAUAAUGGUCACCACAGGUGGAAGAAUACUGUAGAUCUCAGCAUCUUAGUCUGCAAGCCUGAAGUCAUUUAUUUGCUGGAAAUUUCACUUUCGUUAUCGAUCCCUUCGACUUUAAUUACCCCAGCACUAGGUAAAGCAACAUAUUUUGCUACGAUCCUCCUCAGCAGUAUCAGAACACAUUCCAAGUGGAACUGAAGGCCCUUAAAGGCUGCAAUGUAAUAAGUGAAUCAGACUGAACCGAACGAACCGACAUUACCGCAUAAGUGCAUGUGAGUCAUUUUACUGUUUUUAGUAUCCUGUAUCUUAUAAGGUAAAACAAAGGAAAAGACCUUGUGAUUAUACACGCGUUAGGGUCUGUUUGUGUUUUAGGACCCUGACUCUGAUUGUAUGACUAUUCUUUAGAGGCAGGGGUCUCUGGUGCUAACAGGGGCCAGUGCCAAUGAUGUGAGGGUACAGAUGGCACAACUAUGACCUGCCCAUGCACUGCAUAAAGCUGGUGUGUCCUAGUAAGAUUACCCGGAUAUUACUUUUCUGACUGUCAGAUCUUUCAUGGAUUGCCUCGAGAACUUACUUUCUUUUUGUUUCUUUUGUCUGCACUGUACUGUGAUUUUUAUUUUGUAUUGUUAUGAUUAUACUAUUACUCUGUCCACUGUAAUUCCAAUUAAAAAGAGCAAAUAAAAUAUGUAGUUAAUUCAAA